AAUGUGCUGCUUCCCGCGGAAGUGAUCCCGUCUCCGUUGUAAUUCUUCCUCCUUUUGCGCUCCCGUCACUGUGAUUCGCCCCGGCGUAACAUGGCUAGGGUUUCGGCGCCACCAUCUCAGGCGACUCCUUCCUCAAUGGCCUCGAUAAUCAGAGCCUACUCUCUGCCUCUCAUUCUCUUUGCUGGAGCCAUGUACUACCAGCUCUUUGUUAUUCCCAAAUCCUUCCCUCCCUCCCAUUAUGACGUUCUGAAAAUUGAGAGGUAUAGUUCGGUUGAGAAAGUGAAGGAGGCCUACGAGAAAUUUGAAUCUGAAUGUUGUUCUUUCAGGAAUUCGGCUUCGGAAGCUCCAGAUACUCUUGAAGUUUUAAAGAUUCGAUAUGCUUAUGAGUUGCUGACAAAUCCUACGUGGAAAAGAGACUAUGAUUUAUUUGGCGUUGAUGAGCAGCUUCAUAUUAUUGACACUGCCAGCAAGCAUUAUGCAGGGAAAAAUACUUCAGAAUUGGACUUCCCUUUGCUAGAUGCCCCUUCUUUUGAGUCUGUUGAUCACUCUUAUAAAGUCAUCACAACCAGUGACUUCCAGACUUUAUUUCCAGAUACAAAGCCAUGGCUAAUUCAGUUGUAUUCAUCUGGGAGCAAACGCUGUGCUCAGUUUUCAGAGGACUGGAAGAAAAUUGCUUCUUCAUUGGAUAUGGUUGCAAAUAUUGGUGUGGUGGAACUUGGUGAGAUGCAACUUGCUGUUUACCUUGCCGAUAAAAGAUCAACUGGAAAGCCUUUUUUUAGAAAUGGUAUUCCGUCUGUUGUUGCUGUUCCCCGUGGAUGUCAAUCUGCAAAUUGCAUCACUAGGUAUGUCGGAGAUUUGACUGCAGAUAUGGUUACAAAUUGGUUUUCAACAACUGUACUGCAUUUACCUCAAAUUAUGUACUACUCAAAGGAGACACUGGUGCCAAAUUUCCUAGCAAAAACUAGUCCGCAUAAGGUAAAAGUCAUCUUGUUCUCGACAACUGGGGAGCGUGCCAGUCCAUUUAUACGACAAGCAGCUAAAGAGUAUUGGGCUUUUGCCUCAUUUGCGUUAAUUCUUUGGCAAGAAGAGGAAUCUUCUUAUUGGUUGGGAGCAUUUGGGGUAGAAUCUGCACCUGCUAUUGUAUUUCUUAAGGACCCAGGCAUCAAACCUGUUGUGUACCAUGGUUCAGUUAGCAAUUCAAUAUUUCUGAAUUUGAUGGAAAGUAACAAACAGCAGGAACUUCCACAACUGAGGAGUGUGACAUCGAUGGAGUUAGGUUGUGAUCCCCAUGGCUAUUCUCGUGCCGGAUAUGAUACUUUGAUUUGGUAUUGUGCUAUUGCAGUAGGAAGGCUAAGUCCAGAAUUGAACAAAAUGCGUGAAACCAUGUGCAGGGUUCAAGAAACAUUAUCAAAGCAUGCCAAGUCAGAUUGGCCAUGUGAAGAUGAAUCCUUAGCUCCAGCUGUAGAUGCAUUUAAGAGAAAACGAUUGACAUUUGCUUGGUUGGAUGGUGAAAAACAACAGGACUAUUGUCAUUUUUACCUUGGUUCUGCGGCCAGCUAUGACACUUGUGGACAACGGAGGAGUGUGAAUGAUGUACCUCGUUUAUUAGUCAUCCGUUACUUAAGGAAUAGUACUGCUGUGGAUAAGAGGACACAGGAAGUAACAAAAUGGAACUCAUUCCUAUACCAAGAUCUGUUCAAGGAUCGGGAUCAGGCAGGCCAGUUUGUAGCUAAGUACAAUGGUGAAGAUGACAUUUCACAGAUUACCAAAUGGAUUGCAGGGAUCAUAGCGGAUGGCGACUCAAGAGAUCUACCAUUCUUUACACUAAGAACCCCUCGGCUUGUUGAAGACGACUCUGAACCUGUCUGGUCCAGAACAGCACAAAAGAUUCCUUUGAAAAAUAUGAAGCAGAGAGUUUUGGAAGUUCUUGCUGGACUAUACGAUUACCUUGAGGACCCUAGGGUUGGUCCAAUUCUGCUUCUGGGAGCAUUAACUUCUCUGGGGACCAUCUGGCUGCGGAGGAGCCAACCAGCUGAUUUGGCUAAGUCAAAUGAUUCCAAUCAACCUAGACAUGAGGAACCUACACCGGAAGAAAGAAGACAGAGAGACAGAGGGCGGCGCCGGACUCGAUCCAGUAAAAAACCACCUGCUUCUAUGACUGAUUUUGAGCCAUCAGAUGCGUAUCAGUGGCUGGAUUCUGACUCUGAGUAGUUUUCAAGUUGGCUCUCCUCCUUAAAGGAAAGCAGCUAAUGUCAUGUCUCUUGAAGGACAAAAAGCUUUAAAUUGGCUUCAUAGAGGAUCCUUCUCUGGGAUGACUCAUCUGUGGAUGGCUUGGAGCCCUGUGAUAUAUUUUUAGUCGCCCUCCCCCAUCCCCCCCACCCAAAAAAAAGAAAAGAAAAGAAAAGAAUCAGAUGCUUUGAGAAAUGUAUUCCAAUUUCAAUUAUAGGAUCUUGUUUUGUCUUUUCUUUGUUUAAUGCAUCUGUAGGAGCAAUUUACAUUGCUGAGAUUCAAGAAGCUCUUAUUUCCAAUUAAUGAAAAUAUUUCCCGGGUAAA